GCUAGAGCCAGCAACAUCUGACGUGUUCUGGGGCAAGAUGCUGACCAACAGGAUGCAUCAAACGAAUGUCCUGCAGCAAAGACGAUGCCCCACCGCCUCCUGUGUGGGCCCCACAAGAGCUAGCCCUGCACUUCCUCGGGCCAACUUGAGGAAAUCUAGCAAUGUUCCCCAGAUCUUGGCUCCAUUCAGGGGGCAGCAGCUCCUCAUUAGCGCUUCAUUCAGAUUACAGACAUCUAGGAGAUCCGCACCCAUCGUCUGUAGUGCAGCGUCCACUGAUACUGCAGGCCAGGCGCCGUCUGGUGGUAUGGGAAAGACGUUGCUGUUGGGCGGGCUCUUCGGAGGGUGGUACCUCUUCAAUAUCUACUUCAACCUAUACAACAAGCAGGUGUUGAAGGUCUUCCCCUACCCCUUCACAUGCACAGCCCUGCAGUUUGCAGUCGGCUCCCUUCUAGCCGUGAGCAUGUGGACGCUGAACCUCCAUGAGAAGCCCAAGGUUGACAAGGACCUGAUCAUCAGCGUGCUGCCCUUGGCGGUGGUCCACACCCUGGGCAACCUGCUGACCAAUGUCAGUCUGGGACAGGUGGCCGUCUCCUUCACGCACACCAUCAAGGCCAUGGAGCCCUUCUUCAGCGUGCUGCUGAGCGCGCUGUUCCUGGGGGAGUCCCCCAGCAUCCCCAUCGUGCUAUCGCUGCUGCCGGUCGUGGGCGGCGUGGCUCUGGCGUCCGCCACCGAGGCCACCUUCAACUGGGCCGGCUUCCUGGCGGCCAUGGGCAGCAACAUCACCUUCCAGUCGCGCAACGUCUUCUCCAAAAAGUUCAUGGGCAAGAAGAAGGGCUCCCUGGACAACAUCAACCUGUUCUCCCUGAUCACAAUUCUGUCCUUCUUGCUGCUGGCGCCCAUUGCCUUGAUACGCGACGGCGGCCUCAUGCUGACGCCCUCGGCCAUGCAGUCCAUGGGCAUCAUAAACACCAAGCUCGUGCUGCAGCGCGCAGUCUUUGCUGGCUUCUGCUUCCACGCCUACCAGCAGGUGUCGUACAUGAUCCUGCAGCGCGUGUCACCGGUGACUCACUCCAUCGGCAACUGCCUCAAGCGUGUCAUCGUCAUCGUGGCCUCCGUGCUCUUCUUCCAAAACCCCAUGGGCCGCCAGAACAUGAUUGGCACGGCCAUUGCGCUGGCGGGUGUGUUUGCUUACUCCCAGGUUAAGCGCAUCCAGGUUUCCAACAGCAGAAAGGCAGCUGCUGCUUGAGGGUCCUCUGACGAGCCCUGACUUAGAUUUGCAAAGGCCAUGUCAGCUCGGCUGAGCACUGGACGGACUUUAGCUUGCGGCAUCAGCACGAAACAUGCCGUAGGAUGGGUCUCUGGCAAUAAUUGCUGUCAGAGGCACUCGUAACCACGCAUGCGCCAUCCCUCACUCAGCCGGGUGUGAUUGCUGUUCGAUUCUUUUGUGAAAAGUAGCAUUCGUCCGUGCCUGCCGCAUAUAUCAGCAGGUUCACGCGUGACAAUAUCUGUGUGGAUUUAUAUCUCGUCAAUUGAAACGGAUUCAUGAGUGUGCGAGCAUCAUAAAGAGUGGUAGUUUGCGUAUGAAACAGUUGUUGCACACGUAUGUGCAUGACUGUUGGAUGGCUGUCGUGUUGCUUGGGCACUGUGGUUUUGCCAUUUAUGCAGAUCUCAGAUCGUCACAAAGGCUUUGUGAUGAUGAGAUGUUUAAUAUGCUUAUGUGAUUUACGUGCACAUGUGUGCAUGUGCCAUUCCUCUCGGCGAGGCUCUCGCCAAGUGCAGUCAGUACUGUUAAUAAAUAAAUAUGUAAGGAUUGAGGCGCUGCAUCGACUUU